GAUUUUUCGAAGAUCACUGAUGAAGGAAUGAUUUAUCAUCAUAUAGGGGCUGUCGCAAGACGAUCUUGGUGACUUAAUUGAAGAUAUGAAACUUUACCUUGAGAUUGAUGAAGGAAAGAAUCAUCAAUUUUGGCAGGUAGGGAAAGCAGAACUUCAUCACUUGGUUAGAUCAAGUUGCUGUAAGCAACUUUUGUUACCAGACAACCUGAAACCAUUAAAAACGUAUCAAUGUUUUGAGCGUAAACCCCUCGUCAAGAGGUUGCAUGGCAAUCCAGUAACCCCUCCUUAAAAUCUCUGAGGGUCAAAGACCCAUUGGUGCUGACAACAACAAUGACACGCUGAUUCCAUUGCGUUUAAGUCCACCUUAGACAAUCUGCUAUACUACCACCACACCUGGUGUUUGUCGAUAUUAAUGACAUUUUUAGAACUUUAGCGGGUAUGUUAUCCAUUCCAGUUGCCUUUGAAACUUUUAAACUCAAACGUAUGGCAACAUUAUUCGUCAUCGUAUAUAAUUGCACCAUCACUUACUGCCAUUUUAGCCUGUCUCUCAAAUCUGGCGUAAAAAUCGAUGAAUGGAAGUUGGCCAGGGUAAUCCCAAUUUAUAAAUCCGAAAAUCGAAGUAAAUGUGAAAAUUGUCGUCCAAUAUCAAUCUUGCCGAUAAUAAGUAAAGUGUUUGAGGGAGAGGUUUUUAAUCAAAGAUACAGAUACCUAAAUGAAAACUCACGCAUAGAUUGGCCUUAUCAGCUUUUGCAACACUGAAGCACAUGAACAACCAGGGUUAUUUUAACGUGCAGUUCUACACAAAAUGUACAGUUCUAAACCCAUUUGUGCAGUUCUUAAAACUCAAAUGUACAGUCACCAAAUUAACAAAAUAUAACCUCAAAACAGUCUUCUCAUCUACUUGUUUUCCUUGUGGAUGCUCCAGAUGCCAGAAAUGCUGUCAUUGAGAAUCAAAAAUCUAAAUGUUUUCUGGGAGAGGACCACCAGACCCUCAUAUUUCCCUCACAAAUCACAUAUGUGCUGGGGUAAUGGAACAGGAGGUAAAAUUGGGAAAGAGCGAAGCUAUCCAAAAGAAAUUAGAGUGGGAGAACCUAAUAUUCUUUGCUGCCUAAGGUUAUUAUAUCUUGAGUAUUCAUGAUUCCCAGUUACAUGUUUUGAAACAGUUUUUGUGGGUGGUUGGGUGAAACAAAUCUUUGCCAGAACUUACGAGCCUCUAAAUUCAAAAUUGGGGGGGAGGGGGACACCCCUACCUGUAGCUUCUCCACCCGGAAUCUGCCAGUCGUUAAUUUUUUCUCUUUGGUCCUCCCCGUGAGCCUCUACGCGCCCACUUCAGGCCUCAGCCCGCGCGCCCGAUCUUGUUUUCAGCCGCCUGAGAAUUGCCUGAAUUCUGUUCAAUAUAAAAAAAGAAACACUAAUAAAGAGGAAUUAUAAAAUAAUACCAGAUCUACAAGUAUAUUUAAAAGCGACUGGGGACGAGUCUGACCCGGAAUCGAGUUUGUCUGGCCCCACCCAACCACACCUUUAUUCUGCCACCUAUUACUAAUUGAGAGUCUAUCAUAAUUUGCAACGUUAACUAUAAAUUUACAACGUUAUAUAUACUGUAGAUAAAAAUCCUUUGACCCCCAGUCAAACUUCUUUCACCCCCCAGUCAAACACGUGAUGCUUCGAAACAUCCCGAUAUGUGCAGUUCUAAACUUUUCUUAAAAUAAACCCUGUGAACAACAAGCCAGGGUCAUGACAAAUAUCGAAGGACAAUCAGCACACUCAUCAUUGUAACAUAAAGCCUAGUUCUCAUUUAUCGCAAACUGUCAUCGACGAUCGACGACGCUUAUCGCCGAUACUCGGCGAGCGCGAUUGCACGAAAGUUCUCAUACAUCGGUGAUCGUCGCAGAUGACAGCCGAUGUGUUUCGAAAUUUCCCACAAAGGCACAAAAUGGCCCCAUUCAACGUAAAGGUCAUGAUUUCUGUCAAACUUCAGUUGAUUAUUUCCUUGCUUGUUGAGGAAAAAACAACUUUUACUCAUUUCUCAUAGAUUUUUCAAGCAGGUGGCAGUCGGCGAUGGUCGCAAGAAACAAACUUUUUUGUUUCCUGCGAUGUCAUCGCCGAUGGUCGGCGACGAUUACGGACAAUCGGCGAUAUAAUUUUUGAUGUAUUCUCAUAAAUGGCAAGCGAUCGCCGACGUAGCUGUCGUGUUUUUGAAACACAUGAAAUGAUUUCACAUAACAAGAAAGGUUUUUAGUAUAUUUCCCAGUUUCUGUCAAUCUAAAAUAGUUUUCUUUUCUUCAGGACAUGUUGACUGUCACAAGAAAUGAAGAAAAAAAGCUUAAAAAACAAAACCCUCAAAAAGGUGGAUAAUAUUAAAUUUCGCAUAUUCAUGUUUAAAGAGGUGUUCGUUUUUGGCAAUUGCUAGAUAGUAUACUUCAAAAAUAAGGUUUCCGUUUUUAUAUCAAUUUUUAAAAUAAGUUAUGGUUGGUUAGGUUAGGUUAGGUUAGGUUAGGGUUUAGGUUAGGGUUAGAAUAGAGUUAGGGCGAGGGUUAGUAUUAGGGUUAGGGUUUAGUUUUGUGUUAGGAUAGUUUUCUCUACGUUAUAAAGACGGAAACAUUAUUUUGAAGUACACUAUCUAGCGAUCACCGUUUGUUUUUCACUUUAUUUUACCGUGGACUUUCUUGUAGGUGAAUUUCAUGAGAGAAGAGAGACUAUUAAUUCUUCUGUAAAUACGGACAUCGAAAAGAUCUUCCGUGGAAAGACGUCUGGGCAGCUCUCCGCAUUAAGAAGUCAAAUUAAUCAGAAAAUCUCUGGUGGAGGAACAGUUGAUAUUGGUGAGUUGAAAAUUAACUAUACCCUUAUUGACAACACUGGAUAG